AGCUUUGCUAACAGGUGUAUGUGUGCAGAUUUUGCAGAACAGCAGGACGAAACGGCAACAUCGAGGCCCUCUUAUAUGUUCGAUUGUCAUUAGCACAGACUACAACAUUACUUCCUAUCUGACCGCAUCCGGACAUUUCCAUGUCAUUACAGCAGCGCCGACAGGCGCAACGCUGCGUAGGGAUGCCAAGUACAAAUACUGCAUCCACGACGGGCUGCGCAAAUGGUGAGCUUACGCCAACCCCACCCCAAGGGAGGACUCGGAUCCGAAAUCCUGUGCCAAAUACGGAUAGAUGGCCACGGCGACCAGUCGGCAUGCUGCAACGAGUGCACAGUAGUUUCCUCUCGAGCGAGAGUAGUCUUGGUAUGGAACGGGGUGGGCAGUAUCGAGGGCGGCAUACAGUAGCCGAAGCUGGGUCGUCCAAUCGAUUAGGGUUGUUGGGUGAUUCGAGCCCAGGACGGAGUUGCUUUGAGGGCACGGAUAGCGGUGGGUAUGACAGUGACGACGAAUUCAGAUUGUCGACCGACGAUGGAACAUCUAUAUUGGCUCACCAAGAAGACGCUGAUGGGGAGGAGAUCAUAUCGCAAAAUAGCUUGCAUGUCGAUGUAGUCGGUGUAGCAAACGACAAGCACGAGAAAAAGCGACAAGACAGCGCCCGAACCGCAGAGAGCACAAGGAGGAAAUCAUCGAUCUGGUCGUUCAGCCAAAGUGUUCCAAACAAGCUGCGUCGACUCGGCUCCCACUUCCCAAUCCGCCGAAUCAGCAAGUCAGCAGAACAAGACGACAUAAACCCUUUGACCGAACAAACUGUCGCAGGUAUCCCCAGAUCCACCUUCCUGGAAUGUGCACGCGAAUACGCCACAAUAGACCCUUCCGCGGCGAUGUUUGAGGGAAGCAGUAAUGACUGCACCGCACCGGACGAACAAUACGGGGUUAGUGACGGACUACCGGAGCUCUUUGGGUGUAUGGAGAUACUUGCCCGACAUCACCAGAAUGAUGUACGGAGAAGGGAGGGGCGAGCUGGAUAUGGACCACAUGGAGCAUCUGUCGCUCGGAUGAUGUUUGUUCGUUCCCACGACGGUGGAGCUGGGUAGGGGAGAGAUUCUGCCGUUGAGCAUGCUGAGGCAGCGGUGGUGUUGGGGAGUGGCGCGCUUCGGCCAUGAGUGACCGAGUUUGUCGAACUAUGCUUCCCUGUUUUGACGGCUGCGCGACUGGUGUAUGGGAUGCUCCAGCGUACCGGUUCCGUUGGCAAGACAGCACACCCCAAGACCCAGGUGCCAGACACUCACACCGCACAACAAAUCUCUGAAGCAA